AUGGAGAAGGACUAUGAUGAGCCCGAGUUCGCUCCAAUCACGGAUCGAACUGCAACUGUACUAGAGGAGCGAGAGCAACAGACCUUGACUCGCAUUGCCUCCACCAAAAUUGGUCAACAACUUUCAAGAUCGGCAAGCAAGAAAGAUGGUAUCGCCCCUCACCUUGAUCCCACCAACCCUCGAUUUGAUCAUCGCCGAUGGGCGCAAAUGGUGUUGGACCAGGUGAACGAUUCAGGCAUUGAAAUCCCACACCAAGGCGUGGUCUUCUCCAAUCUAUGCGUGAGCGGUUCCGGUUCCGCUCUACAAUACCAGGAAACCCUCACUUCCAGUUUGACAGUACCCUUCCGGGCUGCGACGAGAGCUUUGACUGGACGUACCUCACCACCAAGACAAAUUCUCCGCAACUUCGAUGGCUUACUUCAGGGGGGAGAACUCCUUCUUGUUCUGGGUCGACCCGGUAGUGGAUGUACAACAUUACUGAAAACUAUCUGCGGACACCUUGGCGGUUUGACUGUGGAGCCCGAAAGCACACUCCAUUACAAAGGAGUUGCGUUCGACCAUAUGAUCAAACAUCACCGAGGAGAGGUCGCAUACAACAAGGAGGUCGACCUGCAUUUCCCCCACUUGACCGUGGGUCAGACUCUCACAUUUGCCGCCCAUGCUCGUGCACCCCAACAGCGCCUAGAGGGUGUGACCCGUAAUGAAUAUGUUGAGACCAUCACCCAGGUGGUCUUGUCCGUCUUUGGAUUAUCGCACACCUACAACACCAAGGUUGGCAGCGAAUUUGUGCGUGGUGUCAGUGGAGGUGAAAGAAAGCGAGUCAGUAUUGCCGAAAUGUUCCUGGCUCGCUGUCGCAUCGGGGCAUGGGACAACAGUACUCGUGGUCUAGAUGCCGCAUCCGCACUAAAGUUUGUGAAAUCACUACGUCUUUCAUCUGAUAUGGGGCAAUCCUGCCAUGCCAUUGCAGCCUACCAAGCAUCGCAGUCUAUGUAUGAUCUUUUCGACAAGGUGGUCCUUCUAUAUGAGGGAUACCAGAUCUACUAUGGACCCAAGGAUCGUGCUGUAGCCUAUUUCGAGGACAUGGGCUGGGAGAGACCUGAGCGUCAAGUCAGUGGUGACUUUUUGACUGCCAUCACAAACCCAGCAGAACGCAUGGUACGGCCUGGCAUGGAAGGCAAAGUUCCCCGCACAGCGAAGGAGUUCUCUGAGCAUUGGAAAAAGAGUCCAGAAUAUCAGCUCUUGCAUAAGGAUAUUGCCAACUUCGAAAGUGAACAUCCGCCAAAUGGAAACGAUGCAAAAAGACUCAUGGAAAGCCACGAAGAGCAACAAGCGCGCCACACUCGAUCUCGCAGCCCUUACCUGCUCUCUAUCCCUAUGCAGGUUCGGCUUUGCAUGCGCAGAGCCUACCAGCGAAUGCUUCAAGAUCUCCCAACAGCCAUGUCACCACUUAUUGCUCAAGUCAUUAUAUCCCUGAUCAUUGGAUCCAUCUUCUACAACACCCCGGAUUCACCCAGUUUCUUCUUUCAAAAGGGUGCAGUGAUGUACUUUGCUGUGCUUAUGAACGCCCUAAUUACGAUUAACGAAAUCCUUCAACUAUAUGCCCAGCGCCCUGUUGUCGAAAAACAAGCUGGAUAUGCAUUUGUCCACCCGUUCACUGAAGCACUAGCCAGUAUCCUCGUCGAUCUACCGAUCAAGAUCAUACGAAUCUCAAUCUUCACAAUUGUCCUCUACUUCAUGGCAAACCUGCGCCGGGAAGCGGGGGCUUUCUUCAUCCAUUACCUGUUCUUGCUCACUGCUGUCCUGGCAAUGUCUGGCCUGUUCCGCAGCGUCGGUGCAUUGACCAAAGCUGCCGGGCAAGCCAUGGCGAUUGCUGGUGUGCUUGUGCUCUGCAUUGUCGUUUAUACCGGGUUUACUCUGCCGCAGCCGUACAUGCAUCCGUGGCUUUCGUGGAUCCGGUGGAUCAAUCCGAUCUACUAUACCUUUGAAGGGCUCGUAUCCAAUGAAUUCCAUGGUCGAACAUUUGACUGCUCUUCAUUCAUCCCAAGUUAUGGGACUGGCACUUCCUUUAUCUGCGCCACUGUCGGGGCAGUCGCCGGUGAGCGAACUGUUUCUGGGGAUGCUUUCAUCGAGAAGAACUACCAGUACAAGCACUCUCAUUUGUGGCGGAACUACGGAAUUCUCGUCGCGUUUUUCAUCGCCCUCAAUGCGCUCUACUUGAUUGCUACAGAGUACAUCAGUGAUGACAAGUCAAAGGCCGAGGCCUUGGUCUUCCGCCCUGGACAUGCGCCCAAGUAUCUACAGGAAGGUCACAGCAUCGAGCUUGGAAUACAGGAGGUCAACAAGCUCGAGCUACAGAGGACCAAUGACACCAUCUGCCUGCCCGAGCAAAAGGACAUUCUCUCAUGGAACUCUCUCAACUAUGACAUACCCGUGAAGGAGGGCACCCGUCGACUCUUAGACAAUGUCAAUGGCUGGGUCAAGCCUGGUAGCCUAACUGCCUUGAUGGGUGUUUCUGGAGCUGGAAAGACAACACUUCUCGAUGUUCUUGCGCAGAGAGUCUCCAUUGGCGUUGUAUCCGGUGAUAUCUUCGUGAAUGGCAAGACUCUUGCGGCAAACUUCCCCCGUCGGACUGGAUACGUGCAACAGCAAGAUCUCCACCUUGACAGCACCACUGUGAGAGAAGCUCUGCGUUUCAGCGCUAUGCUUCGUCAGCCCCAAAAGGUUACCAAAAAAGAGAAGUACGAGUACGUGGAACAAGUCAUCCAACUCCUAGGCAUGGAGGACUUCGCCGAAGCAGUCGUGGGAAACCUGGGAGAAGGCCUCAACGUCGAGCAAAGGAAGCUGCUUAGUAUUGGUGUCGAGCUUGCUGCAAAGCCUACCCUGCUUAUCUUCCUCGACGAACCCACCAGUGGUCUCGACUCCCAAAGCUCUUGGACUAUCUGUCAGUUCCUCAGAAGACUUGCAAAUAGCGGCCAGGCGGUCCUCGCGACAAUUCACCAGCCUAGCGCGCAGUUGUUCCAAACCUUCGAUCGUUUGCUCUUCCUUGCCAAGGGAGGAAAGACUGUCUACUUUGGCGAUAUUGGAAACCAAUCCUCCACUCUUCUGAAAUACUUCGAGCACAAUGGUGCUAGAUCGUGUGAGAAACUCGAGAACCCCGCUGAAUACAUUCUCGAAAUGGUCGCCGGCGAUUCUUGCCCAGUAGACUGGGUUGAUGCGUGGAACAAGAGCCCAGAGUAUGAAGAGGUACUCGCUGAGGUUGAGCGACUUCAUCACGCCCGGAAGUCGUCUGUUCAUCCUUCCCUGGAGGGGUCUGAUGAGUUUGAUGACGACAACUCCGAGUUCGCCAUGCCACUCCACAGCCAACUGUACUAUGUCCUUGCACGAGUCUUCCAACAGUACUACCGUCAACCAGAAUACGUCUACUCCAAGUUCAUCCUGGGAAUUGUAUCCGGUUUAUUCAUCGGUUUCUCAUUCUGGAAAUCAGACAACAGCCAACAAGGCUUCCAAAACGUACUCUUCAGUAUUUUCCUACUAUGCACAAUCUUCAACUCCCUCGUCAACCAGAUCAUGCCCAAAUUCGUCGUCCAGCGCUCCCUCUACGAAGUCCGCGAACGCCCAUCCCGCAUCUACUCCUGGAAAGUCUUCAUCUUAUCCCAGAUGCUCGUCGAAAUCCCCUUCCAAGUCUGUCUCGGAAUCUGCUCCUGGGCCUGCUUCUACUGGUCCGUCUUCGGCGCCGACCAAGACUCCGAGCGCCGCUCCUUGAUCAUGCUCUUCAUCGUCCAAUUCUACAUCUACGCCGCAAGUAUGGCACAGCUAGUCGUCUGCGCAAUCCCAGAACCCGCGCUCGCAGCUAUGGUUGCCACGCUCAUGUUCGGUCUUUCCUUCAUCUUCAACGGCGUAAUGCAGCCGCCCGAUAACCUCCCCCGCUUCUGGAUCUUCAUGUACCGCGUCUCGCCGUUUACCUACUAUAUCAGUGGUAUCGGAAGUACAGCGCUCCAUGGUCGUCCGGUUGAAUGUAAUGCUGCGGAGAUGAGUGUCUUUGAUCCCCCUGCUGGUCAGACAUGCUUCCAGUAUAUGGAGAAGUUCCUUGCGACUGCGCCUGGAAAGCUUGCCAAUUACAAUGCUACGUCGGAUUGUCAGUACUGCUCUCUUAGUUCGGCUGAUCAGUACCUCGCUGCGAGGAAGAUUGAAUGGGGUGAUCGCUGGAGAAACUACGGAAUCUUCUGGUGCUAUUUCAUUUUCAAUAUCUUUGCUGCUAUUACGCUCUAUUACCUCUUCAGGGUGCGGAGCUCUAAGGCUAAGACAAAGAAGGCUUGA